GGGGUUCGAGUUUUGCUGGGACCGAUCUGUGCGGGUUGGGUUUCGGAAUAAAGUGACCCGACCGUAGACUUCCCUACCAAGGCAAUUCGGGAAUUAGGAGUUCGCUUUGCCGCCUCUUCCUCAUCCUUUUCCCGCCAAAAGUGAAGAGUAGCACUUCUCUCUCCCUCCAGCGCGAGUCGCGUGACACAGAACUCAUCUCAACCACCAUUGGAAAUGGACAUGGAGAUUCCUCUACCAGAAGAGCUCGAAUGGCUCGAAGCCAACUCUCACCUCCACGACGAUUACGAAGACUUGGAACCACCACCAGAACCAGAAUCAGAACCCUACCCAGAAGACUACGAAGACCAACCCCAAUCCCAAGCCCAACCCCAACCCCACCACCAACAACAACCACCAAAUCAACAACCCUCCAAACCCACUCUAUCAAUCCCAUCCAUACCCACAUCAAUCACAGACCCAUCACUCCAUUCCAAAACCCAGAUCAACGGCAAGAAACGAUUCCGAUCCGAUGAACCCGGUCCAUCGGAUCGCAACAACAUUCCAGUUCCAUCGGAGGAUAAACGGAGCAGAGUUGAAUCUGCUCCAUCGGAGAUUGAAAACAAUGAAGAUUGGCUUCGUUACGUGCCUCCCCCAAGUGAGGCAGCCAAUUUGGAGCCAGUGGUUGUUGAGGAGGAAAAGAUUGUUUCCAGAUACGCUUCACAAAUUGACGGGGAUUGUGUUCCGGUGACUGGAACAGACGGCCAUAGAGUUUAUGCCAAGAUUAGUAGGGUCGACAAGGAAGAUAAACUGAAGAGAUUGGACAUGAAAGCUUACUCAAAUGGUCUUAUUUCAGAGCCUAUUAAUGUUCUAAUGCAAAGAGUGGAACAUGAUGCUUUCAUGAAGACUCUGCAAGCUAGUGUUGAAGGUCAAAGUGAUGUAAUUCUUCCAGAAGCGCCAGUGGGGAAUGAAAAACUUUGGGUGGAUAAAUAUGCUCCAAAUUCAUUUAUGGAGCUUCUCAGUGAUGAGCAGACAAAUCGUGAGGUCCUCUUGUGGCUGAAACAGUGGGAUUCUUGUGUUUUUGGAUCUGAAAUUAGGACUACAACAGACGAUGUUUUGAAUUCCUUGAGACGGCAUUCUUCAGUGGCUCAACAUCAGAAACUCUCUGGUAGGAAUUUUUUUGGGAAAAACAGAGAAAAUAGAGAACCUAGAUUACAUGAAGAAACUUCCAAAGUUCAUAAUUAUUUGGAUCAAGAAAACAAUGAUUCAAAAGGUAUUCAGGAGUCAUGGAGCAAGAAAUUGAAGGGCUCUGGUCCACCAGAACAGAAGAUUCUUUUACUCUGUGGCUCCCCAGGGCUUGGGAAAACAACGCUUGCACACAUAGCUGCCAGGCAUUGUGGAUACCAUGUGAUGGAGAUUAAUGCAAGCGAUGAUCGGUCUUCGUCAACUGUCGAAGCUAAGAUCCUUGAUGUGGUGCAGAUGAACUCUGUCAUGGCUGACUCAAAGCCGAAGUGUUUGGUAAUUGAUGAAAUAGAUGGAGCUCUUGGUGAGGGCAAGGGUGCCGUGGAGGUUAUUCUUAAGAUGGUGUCUGCUGAAAGGAAGUCAGAUACUGGAAAAGAAAAUGUAGCUAAGGAGGAACAAUCAGGAAGGAUGUCCUCAAAGAGGAAGCGUAAAAAUGCAUCAUUAUCAAGGCCUGUAAUUUGCAUAUGCAAUGACCUAUAUGCACCGGCCUUGAGGCCUUUGCGCCAGGUGGCAAAGGUCCAUAUAUUCACUCAACCAACAGUGAGUCGUGUUGUAAGCAGGCUCAAAUAUAUAUGUAACAAGGAAGGGCUGAAGACAAGUUCUAUUGCACUUACUGCACUUGCGGAGUAUACUGAAUGUGAUAUACGUUCAUGCUUAAACACUCUUCAAUUUCUCAACAAGAAGAAGGAAACACUCAACGUGUUGGAGAUAAGUUCUCAAGUGGUUGGCCGAAAGGACACAUCAAAAAGUGCUUUUGACAUAUGGAAAGAGAUUUUUCAAAAGAGAAAAGCGAAGCGAGAAAGGAAAUCCGGCAAUGGCUGUAGCAGCAUGUCCAAUGAAUUUGAAUUUCUGCACUCCCUUGUAUCUAACCGUGGCGAUUAUGACAUAAUUUUGGAUGGGAUCCAUGAAAAUAUCUUGCAGCUACAUUAUCAUGAUCCAGUGAUGCAAAAGACUGUCAAGUGCUUGCAUAGUCUCGGAGUUUCUGAUUUAAUUCAUCAAAACAUUAUGCGUACGCAGCAGAUGUCUCUUCUAGUUUAUCAGCCUGCUAUUGCUAUUGCUGUACAUAGUCUGAUAGCCCAAGUUGAAAAACCAAAUAUUGAAUGGCCAAAGUCUUUCCACAGAUGCCGGGCAAUUUUAAUGGAAAAGAUGGACAGUUUGCGAUCUUGGCAUCACAAAAUAUCACCAUAUAUCUCAAGGCAUCUGUCAGUCAAGUCUUUUGUAGAAGAUUCUGUUUCUCCAUUAUUACAUAUUCUAUCGCCACCAACUCUAAGGCCGGUGGCUAUGCACUUACUAUCUGAGAAAGAGAAGGAUGAUCUGUCUCAGUUAGUAAACGCGAUGGUUUCCUAUUCUAUAACAUAUAAGAAUGUGAAAUCUGAUCCUCUACUCAGUACCAUUAGACAUGAAACAGCUGUAGAUGCUUCAAUGCUCUCAUUUGAUCCUCCCGUUGGUGACUUAAUAAACUUCAAGGGCUAUAGAUCUGGCCAUUUUGUUCUCGCCUUAGCUGUGAAGCAGGUCUUGGUGCAUGAGGUAGAGAAGCAAAAGAUUUUGCAAGGAAACAUCAACAGAUCCAUCCAGCCUACUGAAGUAUUCAACAAAAAGAACCAGGCUUGGGCAGGGGAGGACAAUGACAGAGCACAAUCUUCCAUAUCUGAUUAUGCACCUGCAUCAGCCAAAAACACGGAAAAUGCAAAGAAAUCAUCAAAUCUUAGUCGAUGUGAAACACUCUUGCCUCCUGUUUCAUUAGCUUUAGGGUCCACUGAAAGUGCCACAGUCAGUGUGAAAAUAAGAUCCACUGGAGAUAUGAAGAAACAUUCUAGGGACUCCUCUGCUUUCUUUGACAGGUUUAGAAAAUUGAGCAGCAAAGGUUCUCAAAAUACUGAUAAUGCUAUUCAGAGGCCAGUGACGCUAGAGAGAGAUUCACGCCCUCUACUAUUUAAAUUUAACGAGGGUUUUACAAAUGCAGUAAAAAGGCCUGUUCGAAUUCGUGAAUUUCUUCUAUAACGUAUUGCAGUUUCUGUUGCAUCAAGAAGUUUGGAGAAUAGACAUCGAUGCGAUUUUUUAGUCUGAAAAUGCAAGCAUUUGAAGUAGAAAAUAGUUGAAGAUGGUCUACACAAAUAAUAAAAAAGUUGAAGAUCAAUGAUCGUAUUAGUGAAGAAGAAAAAUGAAAGUGUUGAAAUGAAGACAUAAGAUGGUCUACACAUCCAUAGGAUGGCCAUGAAGAUUAUUGCUGUUGAAGUUUGAACUUAAAUUUAUCUAGUCUGAAGAUCAACUUAACAUCAAGCUGUUCAAGGAUGAUGCGUUUCUCAAGUUGAGGACUUGGAAACAAAAUCAAGUUUAGUGGUGCAAGGUAUUGGAGAUUAGACUUGACUUUUGGUUAAUAUCUUCUAGUUUGGUUCAUGUCAUUGGAUAAUUCUAGAUAUAUAUAUGAAAAGUAAUGUUUAUGAAGUUGGUAGAGUUGUGCUUAUGAAAAAAAAAGUUGGUAGAGUUGUCCUAUGGUGAAUUCACGCAUGUAAUACUGAAAGAAGUGGUUGUUCUAAUUGUUCUAGAAACAUGUAUACCUCACAAUAUAUCUAUUUGAGUGUACCAGUACCUCCAU